ACUUUUAAGCAAAUAGCUGCCUUUCAGGACAUUCCUUGCAAAGUAAACAUGAUUUGACAGUUGCAAAGUUAGCAAAACUUCGUAGAGCAGUUGUCGUUGUUGUUAAUUAAGACAGUUAUGCCGUGCGUUGACGUCUAGAAUCGAUUUCUUUCUGAGAUGAGCACCUCUGAUAGCAGUGAUGAUCAUGCAUUGGCCGAAACUGGGCCAGUGCGUGAUAGUGGUACCUCAAGACUUCGUGAAACUGAUCUCACGUUACAAAGGACUUUGGCUACAUACCGCUAUGAGAAUGCCUUGGUCAAAACUGAGUUAGCUGCAGCCUUGGAGAGGCAUACAAGGGAAAUAAAUGAGCUGAAGCUCAAGUAUCAAGCUCAGAUACGAGAGGUAGAAAAACAACAUGGAGGAAUGGAAAUUCAGCUUAAAGAGGUUCAGGAUAAGUACAUGGAUGAAAACAGACAACUACAGCAAACAAAUUUACAUCUCCAUCAGCAGCUCAAGAUUGCAGAAGAAGAAUUAGAAUCUGCAAACAGGGCAGUUGAAAAAUCAGUGAGAGACAAGUCCCAAGCUGAAGAACUUUGGCAGCAAAGGAUGCUUGCAAGCCAGACAUCUCUUCAGUCACUUAAGGAGGAAAAAAAUCGUUUGAAAGAAGACUUGGAGAAGGUGACAGGGGAUCUUGACAAAGAAAGAGUAACUGUGAGAGAAAUAACAACAACUCUGAACUCUGAAAGACACCAGCAGCAAUUAGUCAAGAGUCGUGUAUCAGAAGUGGAGCAGCAGUGCAAGAUCCAGUUAACAGCAGCUCAGACAGAAGCCUCUCAGCUUCGCCAAAAGUUAGAACAAGAUGCUUCUGGGGCCACCAACAGAAUCAAAGAACUGAUGAACUUGCUGGAGGAGGAAAAAUCAGUCCUAGUUCGGGUCAAGGAACGAGCCAGUGCUAAAGAGUUGGAGAUGGAAAAGAGGUUAGCUGAACAAAAACAGACUAUGCUUUCUAAUUCACAGCAACUUAUACAGCAGAAUGCAGCUCUGCAAGAUCGCAUUAAGAGCCUUGAAGCUACACUGAAUAACUUUGAAAGUAAGAGUGAUGCCAAAGUCAGUGAAAUAGAGGCCAAGGAACAGCGUACGCUCGAGAGGCUUCGUGAAGUGGAGAGGGAGAAGGUAGUGCUGGAGGCCCGUGUCAUUUCCUUGGAGAACCUGGAAGUAUUGCUUCGGAAGGAGCGAGAAGACAGCUCUGUACUACGGCAAGAAAUUCACCAACACCGUGCUGAAGCUGAGGAACUGCAGAGCUUAAAUGCUGAACUUCAUCAGCAAAUCAAACAUCUUAAGAACAAGGUUGAAGAGCAUGAAAGUGUACAAGAAACCAUUAAAAAAGAUGCAAAAAAAGAGCUUGAUACUGGGCAACGACUGAUGGCCGAGCAGCAGGCUUCUCACCAGGAGGAGUUAGACCAACUUCGUGCAAGAAUAGCAGCUCUUCAAACAAAUUUUAAUGACAGAAAUAAGAGCUAUUUAGAAGAAUGCACUCAGUUGAAACAGAAAGUUCGCACUUAUGCCAAGUUGAUAAAGAAGCUGCGCUAUAAACUAGAAUUAGGUGAAGUGCAAGUAGAGCAGUUGGAAGCACAACAGGCUGUUUUAAAAGAUAAUGUUCCGUCCCACGUCUACCGUCGUCUAUACUCGCAGCUUCAGGAUAUCAUAAGAAAGCACAAUGAAUUUGCUGCUUUCAUACGAGGGUUGAGUGAAUUUCAGUCUGCAUUGCCAGAAGUAAGAUAUAAAUUUUUUUGUAGAUUCUGAUAGUUUUUUGUACUAUGUGUAGCAUGUUGGUAGUUUUGAUUACUAAAAUACUAACCACAGUGAAUGCUGAAAAAUGUUUAGUAUUUACUGAUCCAGACCUCAUAUAUAGUGUAGUAUACUUUAUGAGAAUCUUUGAGUGAAAGUAUAUUUGCCUAUUAUGUAGUGUAAUGAUUGCAGUUUUUCAUUAUCUAUUUUCUCUGCAUGUAUAUUAGAAAUUAAAUACAG